CAAAGGGAAGUAACAUUCCUCAGCUCCAGAACCGGACCGCUUCACUAAGUCCUGACAGCCCCUGUGGUUCCUGCAUGUCUAUUAGUGCUCACACUGGUACACCAGUUGGUCAGGUGGACGCUCGAAUGGCCAGAAGUGCAGAUAUUUGACUGAACUGUACACAGAAGACGAGUAAUUUCCCGUCAGAAUGGUCCGAGUGGAGCGUCUGGGAGCUUUUGACGUGACUCUGGCCUUCCUCUUAGUGAGCUCCGUCACCGGCCUGCUGCUGAUGGAUCAGCGCAGAGAUGCAGAGGACGACCAGGAGCUCAACAAAGCUAUUCUGGAAAUGCUGCAUAUCAAUAAGGUGUCGGCGAGCCAUCAGGCCAAACCGCAUCCAUACAUGAGGAGGAUUUACCAGCAUCUGGACUCACUGGAGGCUCAGGACUUCGGGAGAUCAGAUGGAACGCUGGUGCAGAGCUUUCGCAGCUUUGGUGGCCCUCCUGACGCCCCUCAGGGAUGGAUCUGGUUCAACAUCAGCAGCCUGAAUCCCUCCAUGCUGGGGGCCGAGCUGGUCCUGUUCAGGAAGACCCUCCAUCCUCGUCCCCUCAGCGUCACCGUCACCCUGCACAGCGUCAUCGCCUCGCAGGGAAACCUGAUCGAAAGUCCCGCCCUGGAGGAGAGACAGCUGACCCUGGACCAGCGGCCGUCCUCCGGCUACGACGUGUUCGACGUGUCUUCUGUUCUGGCCUCGAAGCCUCUGGAGGUUUUGGGUUUCCAGCUGCGCUACACGGACGAGAACGGCAGCCUGGUUCUCCACGAGGCGCUGACCCAGAGUCUGUACUGUCUGGACAGAGGCUCCCUGAGUGAACCCUUACUGGUGCUGUACCAGUCCCAUCCUCUGCAGAUCUGACAGCACUGGAAUGACAGAAAACCAGUUAAACCAGUUCAUUAACCUCCAAUACUGUUCACUAUAUUUUAGCUUAAAGUAGCCGAGGUGAUAAAGAUACCACAGUGAGGCUGGAAGGUUUGACUUUGACUCAGAAUAAACUUCUUAAAAUUA